ACAGAUCUCUAUGUUACUGCUGCAACCUGAGACAAAUAUGGCUUCUGCAGGUCUUCAGAUCCUCGGCAUCUUCCUGGCAACCAUCGGCUUUCUGGGAGACAUCAUCAUCUGCGCCCUGCCCAUGUGGAAGGUCUCUGCUUUCAUCGGGAACAACAUCGUCACGGCGCAGAUCUUCUGGGAGGGCCUGUGGAUGAACUGUGUGAAGCAGAGCACUGGACAGAUGCAGUGCAAGGUCUACGACUCCAUGCUGGCUCUGCCCCGUGACCUGCAGGCCGCCCGCGCCCUGGUUGUCAUCUCCAUUCUGAUCGCCCUCAUGGGAAUCCUGCUCGCUGUGGCAGGUGGAAAGUGCACCAACUGUAUUGAAGAUGAGGAGUCUAAGAGCAAGGUGGCCAUCGCUGCGGGGGUGUUCUUCAUCGUCGGUGGCAUCCUGUGCAUGAUCCCCGUGUCCUGGUCUGCUCACGAGGUCAUCAGGAACUUCUACAGCCCCAUCAUGGUGGACGCUCAGAGGAGGGAGCUCGGCGCGUCGCUGUUCAUCGGUUGGGGAUCUGCAGGACUGCUGCUCAUUGGAGGAGCUCUUCUCUGCUGUCAGUGCGAGCAGCGUAAGGACAGCAGGUACUCUGUCAAAUAUUCUGCCCCUCGCUCUGCAGCCAGCGGAGGAGCAUACGUUUAAAACGCCUGCAAAUACUGAAGGUCUACAACCUCUCUCGCUCCAGGAGGCUUCCCUGAAUUUUUAUUUUCUUCAGUGGUCUUAAUUUAAAGGUUUUUACUGAUUUAUUUUAAUAAAUGAAACUUCCAUUUAAUCA